UUUUGCCUAGUCUCAUUGGUAGUCUACUGUCCAACAUGCUCAUAGUGUUUCAUAGUGCCAUAAACAGUGUGUUAGCCACUUUAUUUUCCUCUUGAGCUUCCUGCGUACUAUGAUUGCACGUAGGUUAAUACGAAUGGAUCAUUUCGUUGGGGACGAAUGAUGAUGGCACCUCGCCAAGUAUACCUGGUUCGAACUCUGUAAUCUCUCCGUAUGGAGCCGAUAUUGACACAAGUAUAGCUGGGACGGUGAGAUACACCAACGGAUUCACGAGUUACCAUCCUCAGAUGUACUCUGUCAGUGAAUUCAUUCGCUCUAACACCGAGACGACUCUUUCACCGGAACCAGAAUGAUGGUGGUGGAAUGGGAUGGAGUGGCCAAGUACGGUGGAAGCUCUUUUGACACCAGUACCUUCCAAGCAGUUCUGAUCACUGACGACUAUGACUCUUAUGCCGUGUUCAUCUACCAGUGUGGAGGGAUGGAGUGGGGUGGAGCUACCAUUGGCUGGAGUUACUCCAGAAACCUUUACGAGGAGCACUAUCUCAGUGAAGCUUAUUAUUCCUACGAUAUUGGCUGCACUUACUCCUCUACCUCAAGUGCUAUCAUUUAUGACGUCUAUAGUGAUGAUCCAACGACAUAUCCGACCUACUGCUACAGCUCUGACUUUGAGUGUGACAACGGAGACUGCGUACCUGACAGCUACAGGUGUGACGACUAUGACGAUUGUGGAGACAACAGUGACGAAGAGGGAUGUGUCAAUGUUGGACUAGCAGUGGGUCUGUCGGUUGCGAUCUGCUUCAUACUCAUCAUUGUCGGUGUGCCAGUGUGCGUGGUGGUGACUGUGUACUGGUCAAACAGGAGACGGCAGCGUUUGGUGCGGACUCGUAUCGUUGGUACCACACCAAUAGGCGGUGGAGCCACGACCGUGGUCUCCUCGACCGGAAACACGUCGUUCUCGGCUACUCCGACGGCUUACCCCGCACAGCAGCCAUAUUACCCCGCUCAACCUCCCCCAGCUCCUUACCCCAGCCAGCCAGCUUACUCCACUCAGCCUCAAAAGAAGUAUGGAGAGGCCCCUCCUUCGUAUGAGACUGCUAGCGCAUAUCCACCACAGGGGUAUCCCCAGUUCCAGCCUAAUCCAGUGGCUGCCUAUCCUCCUCAACCCUACCCUCCUCAGCCCCAGCCGGGGUAUCCUGUUGAUGUCCCGUAUCCGAUCCAGGGCAACCCUCCCCCGCCCCAGGAUCCUACUCUUCCACAAACAUGAGUCAAUGGUGCUGCUGCAAAUACAGUUAGCAACUCUUCAAGACUUUUGUUACACUCGUAGUUGACUUUGUCAUGUCUCCAAUAGUUUAUCACAUGAUGCAUUUUGUUCUGUUAUUAUCCGUACAAAGCCCAUAAAGUGAUGUUUUCUUCUGAAUAUCCUUGCCUUCUAUUAUAUAUAGCACUGUGAAAAACCUUUGCAGCUUUUCUGGUUUUAGCGUUCUCGACUUCACCCAAAAUGGUAACUUGCAAUGGUAUAUUAUUAUAGUGUAUGGAUUGUCGGCAUCACAGUCGCUGCAUGUGAUUAUAGAAUCUAUGUGCAUCCUUUUUCAAUAUUAUUAUGUUUACUGUCAGACUAAUUCAGCACCUUUAUUAUGCUCCAUCUAAAUGUAGCUAGCUAUCACUCAUAUAUACUCAGAUAGCUAGAAUCUUGUAUGUUGCAGUCUCUCCCGCCGGUGACUGGCCAUCCGCCCCCACCGACUGUGGCUCCACUCCCACAGGACUCUCCUCGGGACUCUCAGAUGUAAAGCAAAAGUAUUGCAUUGACAAUGCGUAUGAGUAUUAUUUUGCAUGCUACCGCGUGCGCAUGCGCACUUGGAACACCAGUAAUAACACUC